AAUGGAUGGCUUUGAUCACUACCAUUAAAUAAUUAAUCAUAACAACUCGGCACCAUACGGCAAGGAAAGCGGUCAAACGAUUGAUUAUGCAGGCCUAGAAAGUCAAAAGAAUCAAACUUCAAAAAAGGGAAAUACUUGUUCUCUCUGAAUAUGAUAAAUGAGUGUUGGAUGGGGGUUGAGUUUUCAAAACAAAGGCUGUUCCUUGGGCCACUGAUCGUCGUCAACCUUCCAUUCUUAACCCGUUCCUGGUCAGCCUCCGAAAAUUAUAGCGGUCUUUUGUGUAUUCGGCUUUCUUAUUUAUUCUGUAGCUUCCUCUCUCUGUGAUCAUCUCUGGUUCCUGUUUGAUUACAAGGAGUAUAUUUCACUGUUAUUGCCAAAAUGUUGGAAUACUACCAACUACUUGAUGCAAGGCCCUCUUUUGAAGAUUCUCUCAAGGCACUUGAGGCUGACAUUCAACAUGCCAAUAUGCUGGCUGCGUCUAUUCCCAGGAGCAAAGGCAGGGCUAGUCUUCAAAUGAAGUUAGUUUGCAAUCAGUUAGCACCAAUCUUGCUGUAUUUACUUCGAUGGAUAGACUGCUCCUGUUCUUGUCUACUUUCGAGCUAUUUAAAUCUUUUCCACAUAAUUGUGUAUAAGGUGUAUUCAAAUGGGAAGCCAAAAAUCUCUUCACAUGGAAGGAAAGCAAGCAUAAGGGAAUUCUACGGUGUAAUAUUGCCUUCUCUUCAGCGCCUUCAUGGUGAUUUAGUAGAUGCCGAUAUUACCCAAGGAAAAGGUCAAAAUUUACAGACGGUUGUUAAUAGGAGUAUUGAAGAUAAGAGGACUAUUUGUGAUGUGGACAUUGAAAGAGAAAACGAGUGUGGCAUCUGCUUAGAGCAUUGUACCAAAGUGGUUUUGCCAAACUGCUGCCAUGCCAUGUGUAUAAAUUGCUACCACGACUGGAACACAAGAUCGGAAUCUUGUCCAUUUUGUCGAGGAAGCUUGAAGAGGAUUAAGUCAGGUGAUUUGUGGGUUCUGACGUGCCCUAAGGACAUGAUUGAUGUGCAAACUGUUAUUAGAGAAGAUAUGCUUCGUCUCUCUCUCUUCAUAAACAACCUCCCUAAGGAUAUCCCUGAUGCUCUCUUCUUAAUGUAUAAUGAGUACUUAUUUUAAUUGAAGAAUAAACACAGGUAGAAUAAACUGCCUGCCAUGUACAGAAAAAGUAUGCUUUCUGCUUUCUUUGAUUAUUUCUUGCAACUACAGAGUGAUUGCGUUUCAGAAAGCAAAAUUGGUGAUAUCAGAUUGGCAGCU